GCAAGGGGUUGGAUCCAACAAUGGACAGCUGCUUACCUGGUACAGGGACCACAAGCAAACACGUGGUAAAGUAGAGAGGUGAAAAUGAACAAAAUUGAAAAGUUAAGGGACUUGUUGUCUUCAACCCAAGCAACAAAACGGAAACUCACUGAAAAGCACGGCCUUCGCAGCUCUCUUCGGCCGUCUCUCUCAUUCAUGUCCGUUUGUUUCUCUUUCUCAGGCUCUGGCAAAAGCAGAGAGAUCUCUGCUUCUUCUUUCUUCACGUUCAAACCAAAGGAUUGAGCUGCAUUAUCUGAUUCUCUGCUGCGUAAGUUUGUGUUUCAUAUCUUGUCAUUUUCCUCACAGACCCGAAUUUGCUCCUUGUGUGCUUUUUUCCCAGUAAACUUAAUUUCCUCUGUUUCCUCAAUUUAAAUCUAAAACAUUAAUCCCCUUUUCACCGUUUCACGUAAUUCUCUUUGUUACUUUCAACUUUUGAUUUCAAUCUCUUCUUCAUCAAUAUGCCUGAAUCCAAUCCGAGCACACCUUUGAUCCCCAAAUCCCCUUCCCGUAAGCUUCCUGAUUUCAAGCAGUCUGUGAAAUUGAAGUAUGUUAAACUUGGCUACCAUUACCUAAUUACUCAUGGAAUGUGCCUUUUCUUAUCCCCUCUAGUUGUUCUAAUUGCAGCACAGGUCUCGACAUUCUCUGUUCAGGAUCUCCAUGACCUCUGGGAUCAUCUUCGUUUCAAUCUCGUAUCUGGGAUUUUAUGCUCCACCCUUCUUGUUUUUCUUUCCACCCUUUACUUUCUCACUCGUCCCCGGUCCGUUUACCUUGUUGAUUUCUCUUGUUACAAGCCGGAUGAUGCUAGGAAAUGCACCAGGCAGGGUUUCUUGGAAAGGUCUCGGACGGCCGGUACUUUCACUCAGGAAAACCUUGAGUUUCAGAGGAAAAUUAUUGAGAGGUCUGGUCUUGGGGAGUCCACUUACCUUCCGGAAGCUGUUCUGAGGGUUCCUGCUAAUCCUUGCAUGGCAGAGGCCAAGAAAGAGGCGGAGACUGUGAUGUUUGGUGCUCUUGAUCAGCUUUUUGAGAAAACGUCUUUGAAACCAAAAGAUGUUGGGAUUUUGAUAGUGAAUUGCAGCUUGUUUAAUCCUACACCAUCUUUGUCUGCAAUGAUCAUUAACCAUUACAAGCUCAGAGGAAACGUUAUUAGUUAUAAUCUAGGUGGGAUGGGAUGUAGUGCUGGCUUGAUAUCGAUUGAUCUUGCCAAGGAUCUUCUUCAAGUGCAUCCUAACUCCUAUGCUUUGGUCAUUAGCAUGGAAAACAUCACUUUGAAUUGGUAUUUUGGCAAUGAGAGAUCAAUGCUUGUUCCAAAUUGCUUGUUUCGUAUGGGGGGAGCUGCAAUCUUGCUUUCAAACAAGAGGACAGAUGGGUGGAGAUCAAAGUACAGGCUAGUCCACACAGUUCGAACUCAUAAAGGCGCUGACGAUAAAUGCUUCUCUUGUGUCACACAACAGGAGGAUCCUACGGGGAGGAUUGGAGUUUCAUUAUCAAAGGAUCUGAUGGCUGUUGCUGGGGAUGCUCUAAAGACUAAUAUCACUACCCUCGGUCCUCUUGUGUUACCCAUGUCGGAGCAGUUAAUCUUCUUUGCCACAUUAGUUGGGAAGAAACUCUUCAAGAUGAAGGUGAAGCCAUAUAUCCCAGACUUCAAGUUAGCUUUUGAGCAUUUCUGCAUUCAUGCAGGGGGAAGAGCUGUGCUUGAUGAGUUAGAGAAGAACUUGCAGCUUUCAGAUUGGCAUAUGGAGCCCUCAAGAAUGACACUGUACCGGUUUGGUAACACAUCAAGUAGCUCUCUUUGGUAUGAAUUGGCUUAUACAGAAGCCAAGGGGAGGAUGAAGAAGGGAGAUAGAACAUGGCAGAUUGCAUUCGGUUCUGGCUUUAAGUGCAACAGUGCAGUUUGGAAAGCAUUGAGGACCAUAAAUCCAUCAAAGGAGAAGAACCCGUGGAUGGAUGAGAUCCAUCAUUUCCCUGUGGAUGUUCCACAGGUUUCAGUCAUCUAGAAUCCAAUGUUGUCUCUGCUGUUGUAACCAGGUUUCAGUCUUUAGAGACUAGUUGUGUAAUAAACUAGGGCAAGAAGUUCAUCCCUGCGUUUUGUGUCUUCUAGUGUUGUACUUUCUUUGUUUGCGCAAUCAAAAGUAUUCCUCUUAGUCAAAAAUGUCUCCCAUUUUCUGUAAAU